UUCAUGGGCUACCCACCGUGUGGCAUUUAAAGAGAACUUAAUAAACAUGGCAGCUUCCUUGCUUCUUUACAAACUUCUACCUGUGUUUCGCGCUGAGCUUCGCCGGAAGUGCCCUUACCGCGCGUUCUCGUCCACGAUAGCUGUCAGUCAGUUGCACCGGGAGGAGGGCACCGCCCCCGCGUUUCUGACCGGUAAAGUGGAUCGAUUCGGGGGGGUGACGGUGGACCUGGCGGCCGUCGGUGUUCCGGAGGACAUCAGUGAAAGUUCUUUUAGUGCGGUACUGAAAGAGUCCCUGGCCCGGUGGAAAGAGGAGGGCAAGGUGGCCGUGUGGCUCCGGGUCCCCAUGGCAUUGAGCCGCUGUGCCGCCAGCGCCGCCGCCCAGGGCUUCACCUUCCAUCAUGCCCAAGAUCACCACGCCGUCCUGGCCCUCUGGCUGGGGGAGGGGCACAGCAGGCUACCCUGCUACGCUACGCACCAAGUCGGGGUCGCAGGUGCAGUUGUGGACGAGUCCAAUGGGAAGGUGCUCGUGGUGCAAGACCGAAACAAGAGUCUGAAUGCCUGGAAGUUUCCUGGCGGUUUGUCGGAUCCAGGAGAGAAUAUCGGAGCGACGGCGGUACGGGAAGUCUUUGAGGAAACGGGCGUUCGCUCCGAGUUCCGAUCCCUGCUGAGCAUCCGGCAGCAACACCAGCACCCGGGCGCCUUUGGCAUGUCCGACAUGUACAUCAUCUGCCGCCUCAGCCCGCUCAGCUACCGCAUCGACUUCUGCCCCCACGAGUGUCUGCGAUGCGAGUGGCUCGACCUGAACGAGCUAGCCCGGACCGCCCAGACCACGCCCAUCACGUCCCGCGUAGCCAAGCUGCUGCUCCACGGUCUGGAGCGCGGCUUCCAGCACAUUGACCUCACCAUGGAGGAGCUCCCGUCCGUUUACUCUGGGAUGUUUUACCAGCUUUACCACAGACAGAUUCCGCAGUCUUAGUCGUGGACUUGGUUUUCUUUGGGCUCGGGUGCUGUGCACUCACACAAAUUAUCACGACUGCCCACUCAUGGACUUUAACGCCGUUGAGCCCAUUCAUGCAUUUCAGACAAACAGUGCAUUUGACAACCGGAUUUUCUAUCAUCCCAACUCAGCAAAUAGCAACAAACUACGUGGGGCAGUGCCCCUACACUUGAAGGAACUGAAUAAAAAGUAGGCAAUUUUUGCAGUUUUUGAGAUUGUUCAAGUCCCGGUUGGAGCUGGAUGUGUUAUUUGGUGCCGGAUCGUUGCGGGUUCGGAAUUAGUUUGCUUUCGCUUUUUAACACUGAACAACUAAAAAAAAGUAUUUCAAACCAAUCAUGUUCCAAAUGAAUUAUGUGAAAAAAAGCACGUUUUUAUGAAAACUGACGGAGAUACCGUUUUUGGAUCAUUGACAGACCUCAAGUCCUGUUACAUUCACGUGCACAAAACUUGAAAAAAAAAAAUAAGACCGGGGGCUGUUUUUUUUGUACAAAAGAAUCAACAGUCCCGAUUCCACAAGUUCCCCAAUCGGUGGCUUGAUUGACAGCCAUACUCAACACUCUGACCACUCAUAAAGUGUGCUUGAACGCCCCCAAAGUAAAUCCUUGAUCACGGUUAAUCAUUUCCGUAAUAAUUUUUUUCCACAAAGUAGCAUAGCUUAUUUCUAAAUUGAAUAUUUUAAACACAAUUAGAGCCCUCUAGACAAGAAAUAACACCCCUAUGGUCACCUUUAAACUCCUAUUAUCCAACAUAGUAGACAUAGUAUAAGACUCAAACAUGCUAGCAUUGGGAGAAACCCUCGUACUUUUUCUACUUCCUCCAGUUUCAUCAAUGUAACAUUACUGCCACCUAGCGACCAAUGUCGAAUACGACAUACUACAACACGGAUGCAUUUUCUGAAAGCCUUAUAUUUGCCAUUUUUAUGCUUAAGUUAGGCUAACAAAAUUCAUAAAUUUACAUAAAUAUGUUAAGAGUAACGAUGUAUGAACUAGUGUAUUUUUCAGCAACCACGAUGGAAUCAAACUGGAAAAUUAGCAUCACAAAGUGGCGAGGGAUGACUGUACAGAAUUUGUUCAUUGUUCAUUGUUCUGCGCGCCUGCCAUGAACAAAUAAAACUAUGAGUAAAUCAAACAAAAACACGCAAAAUAAUGAUGAUCUGUCCAUGGUGUCCCAACUCGAAAAGAACCACUUGUUAGCCACACUGAACAAAAUAAUAAUAUGUCACAAACCCAAUCCUUGGGUGCGGGUAUACAAAAACCAAGCUAGCGCUCUAUUUAAUUUGACCAGGCUGGUGAACCACCCCCCCCCCCCCCCCCCGAAAAACUGAAUGAACCUACUUUAGGGGCAUAGUCGUAUUUGAUGAGUUGGGAGAAGAAACCCUCUAAGCUAACUUCUAAGCUAGCUCCGUCACCGGACUGAACGUCACUUUGCCUCGGGAUCGGUUUUUGUGUUCCGGUCCAGUGCGGUGCAAAGACUGCAAGACACUUCAGGAAAUUCCGAGUCCUCUUAAGUGUUCGAAGUUCAAAAAAACGUGUGUCAAGUGAAGUUGUCUGCAGUACUCUGCAGUAAAAAAAACUAGUUCCCAUAGUUUCGAAAAGUCAAGCAGGUGGGGGUGGGGGGUCGGGGGGGGUCAUAAAAGAUCACAGCUACAGUACCUUCCUUCACCGCCAUCAAACCGUAGACGUUUGUCCAACCUUAGCACUUGGCGGACAUCGGUAGAAACAGUAUCGCCUUCUGACCCGGUCCGGUUUUGCUUCCAGACUUGUACUGGCCGGUCCUCUUCAGCGCCACGUACAUGCUAGGGUAUUUCCUGGAGCGGUAGGUGUUGUAGUUGUUGCUCUCCAAGCGCUCCAGGAAGUAGCAUUCUUCCGUUGCGCGUCUCUGAAAGCGAAAACGAGAAGAAUUAGACAAGAGUAUCUGGAUAACUGGUUUGUUUUUGUUUUGAGUUGUUGCAGGGGUGAUGAAUAAAGACACUCUCUAUGCAUGUGGUCCUUUGCUGUGUUUUAGCUUUAGCGCUUUUGGCUAUUAAACCCAUAAGUAUGCAGAGAGGGGUCUUUAAGCGCUGAUCAUGUAUUGACGCCCUCGGGAUUCGAACCCCAGAGUGGAAA